AUGCCGAUGAACUGUACUCUCUCUUUUGAUUGUUCAUUUAUGAAUAGAACAGUGUACAAUGCACACAUCAGAACCACCAUAACAAAGGCAGAUAAAUCCGACUUAGUUCAAUCUGUCACAAUUACAGGUCAGUCAGUUAUUGCUCAAGGUCAAAUCGCGGAAUUUUCUCCACAUUUGGUUUCGUCAUAUUUCCACCCACCCAUCGCAUCCGUGCAUCCACAGCUCACCUCCAAAUUUCACCCAACCACCUACAACCAAAUUCACAUGUUUUCUGGCUGGAGAUCCACCUUGCUGCGAGCCGGCGGCCUUGCGGAAUCACUCCGCCCAUCCCUGUUCACACCUGGACUCCGGAAUCUCUCCACCGAGUCCUUGAAGCAGGUGACGACAUCCAACACAAUCAGAAAGCCCGCUCUGCCAGCCAAUCUCAAGGUGGUCUUAUGGAAAAUGUACGCGCAGUUCCACCCUCACAACACCAUCUGCUCCUUUGUUGCCGUUGUUGAAGAUCCCGAUUUCAUCAAGAACAACUCCCAUUUGAGUUACAACCAACAGGUCUUGUACUACAUGAGAUUACCCCACUACCCAAAGAUACAUCUCAGUGCUGGUAUGCUAGGCUUCCGGAAGUCUAACAGAGCCGAGUACGAGGCUGGAUACCAGGUCAGCACGAACUUCUUCAAAAUGAUCGAGGAGAAGAAGCUACUCGCGCCCAACGACAAGAUUGAGGUGAUCAUGUCAGAUUUUGGCAAGGGCCGUGAUGCUUUCAUUUCGGCUUUGAACGGUAAGGAAGGCUCUUUUGUGCGUCCUCAUGUUAGCCGUGUGACCGACGCUACGAAAUUGAAGUUCGGUGGUGUCCGGUCGAAGAAGUUGCGUCGUUUGUAG